ACGAUUUGAGAGACUUCGAUUCGACGUUGUUUUCUCGAGUAUUGUGGCCGACGGUCGAUAUACUCCAAUAUAUCUCUGUCUAAUAUUUUCCACAAUAUUUUUCAACUCCAUUGCGUACAAUUCUGACAGCGAUACACACGAACGAGAUCGUUCAAGAUGACUGCCGAAAUAGCAAAACCACAGCUCCGUGGUCUCCUCAUGACGCAGAUCAAAAAGAAUAUUGUAGGGAUGUUGAUAGUUAGCUUUGGUGUGGCAUAUGCAUAUAAAGUGCUUGUUGCAGAUAAGAGAAAACAGAGAUAUACCGAAUUUUACAAAACCUAUGACGCAGAGAAACAGUUGAAGAUAAUGAAUGAGGCUGGUCUCAUGCAGUCCUUUGUACCCCCGCAAAAGUAGAUUUAUGUGCACAAUAGAAGACCGAAAACUUGAGAAGAGAAUUAAAAAAGAUGAUUCUCUCUAAAAUUAUGUGUUAUAUCUAUAUGUAUAAUAAAUAAAUUCAAUCUAGUGUUAUUAUGUA